GCCGGCGGUUCCCUCGCAUUCUGGCGAACGAGCACGGCCGGCCGACGACGUUCCGUAACACGAGAGUUUGUUUUUUCACGAUUCUAGGAAAAGGCGUUCCAGAAGACGACGUCAUUCGAUCAUAAAGUCACCGCAACGGCAACAGGAACGACGUGAGAGUCGGUGAGAAUAUUCGAGGAGUUAUCGUCCGUUGAUACCCGAAAAGAGAGAAGAGGUUUCACCGGUGAUUCACAUGGAACGGGAAGACGCGAAUGGAAAUGCGGAAGAGGACGCUAACGGAGAUACGGAGGACACGGCGACCGCGAGCGAGCGGGGCACUCCUGAAGGAUUCGACUCUCUCGAGGACUCGACCGCGUCGCUGGAGAUGGAGCAAUCGGAGACCGGUCGCAGGACGAGCAUCUUCAAGUAUUACUCGUACAAGAAUGUAGAUACAAUUCCAAACACUGUGAAAAAAACAGGCCCUCUUGUUGGCGUGGUUGAUGUUGGCACACGGACUGUUCGUUUUGUGGUAUUUAAUGCAAAACACGUCGCAGAGGUUGCGUCUCAUCAAAUCGACAUAGAGCAAAUCAGUCCGCAAGAGGGAUGGGUGGAACAGGAUCCUAAAGAGAUCCUUUUUGCGGUAAAGGCCUGCAUUAAGGACGUAAUUCGUAAAUUGGACGUGCUGGGUAUGAAAAUUGACGAAAUCGUUACAGUGGGUAUUACCAACCAGAGAGAAACUACGGUAGUGUGGGAUGCGAUUACCGGUGAUCCGCUUUAUAAUGCCAUAGUGUGGUCCGAUAUUAGAACUGACGCAACUGUAGAUCAAGUCAUAGCAAAGUUUCCGGAUCAAAGUAAGAAUCAUCUGAAACCCUUAUGCGGUUUGCCUGUGAGUCCGUAUUUCUCCGCUUUGAAGAUUCGUUGGUUGAAGGAUCAUGUGCGGGCUGUAAGGAAAGCAAUUCGCGACAGGCGAUGCAAAGUGGGGACUAUGGAUACGUGGGUUAUUUGGAAUUUAACGGGGGGUAAAGAUGGUGGAUUAUAUAUUACUGAUGUUACGAAUGCAUCGAGAACGAUGUUAAUGAAUAUUGAAACGCUUUCCUGGGAUCCUACAUUAUGCAGAUAUUUCGACAUUCCUAUGCAAAUGCUACCGGAGAUCAGAAGCAGUUCCGAGAUAUAUGGCAAAAUUUUGAUUGGUCCGCUAUCUGGUAUUCCCAUAUCCGGCAUUUUAGGUAACCAACAAUCUGCUUUGGUCGGACAGAAUUGCUUGAAGAAGGGCCAAGCGAAAAAUACGUAUAGGAGUGGUUGCUUUCUGUUGUGUAACACUGGCUAUACAAGAGUAUAUUCUUCUCAUGGAUUGGUUACAACAGUGGCAUAUCAGUUAGGUCCGAAGAAUCCACCUGUCUAUGCGUUAGAAGGUUCAAUUGCAGUUGCAGGUGCAGCUAUUAAAUGGUUGCGAGAUAACAUGAAGCUCAUAAAAGACGUUCAUGAAAGUGAACAUUUGGCUCAAAGUGUAUUUAGUACGGGAGAUGUCUAUUUCGUACCCGCCUUUACAGGAUUAUAUGCACCUUAUUGGAGAAAAGAUGCAAGAGGGAUAAUUUGUGGUCUUACUGCGUUCACCACAAAGCAACACAUAAUUAGGGCGUCUCUCGAAGCGGUGUGCUUUCAAACUAGGGACAUUCUCGAGGCGAUGUACAAAGAUUGCGGAUUUCCAUUAACGAAGUUAAACACAGAUGGAAAAAUGUCGACUAAUAAUCUUCUUAUGCAGUUGCAGGCUGACUUGUGUGGUACACCAGUAUUUAGAUCAACUAUGCCUGAUAUCACGGCUUUAGGUGUAGCGAUGGCUGCUGGACACGCUGAAGGGAUAGAUGUUUGGGACCUGGAAGGCGAAGAAAUAGAAACAGUGCCAACCGAUACUUUUCUUCCAACUACCACGCCGGAAGAGAGGGAUGCUAGGUAUAAGAAAUGGAAAAUGGCGGUGGAAAGGAGUCUGGGUUGGGCAACAGGAAAAAUGUCCGAUCAAAUGACAGAUGAAAGAUACUGCAUAUUGGCAUCUAUUCCUGCCAGUUGGUUCUUGAUAUCGAGCUUCGUUCUCUUGCGGUUAAGUUAUUAUAUAGCGAACCGGUGACAGCAAGUCAACGUUAUCGAGAUGCAAGUUAUUCUAGAGGGUGGAUAGCCCUAAUCACAGCCCAGAAAACUUAGAAGAAAACUUAGCGAAGUGAUAUAAAGCAUGCUCACCCCCAUGUACGUUAGUGCGUGCAACGUAUUGUGAAAUGAUCAGAGAGUAAAAUUGCUUCAUUUAGAUUAAAUGUGUUCGAUAUAUCUCGAUGCGCCUUAUCAGCGCUACUUUUCAUCGAGAAAUACACCAAUAUCAUUGAUCUUUUGCGUUUAGAAAUUAAAUAACGCAAUCAGCACAAAAUAUUGCACAUUAUACCUAUGUGCUUAUUAAUCAUUUUAUUCUCUGUGAAAUAACGAUAUUAGAUUUCUUGUGGAAUUUGUGAUGGAACAUUAUUAGAAUUUUUGUGGAAUUUACACUCUGAUUUUACUUCGUCACGUGCAUAUGAUUCCAGCUUUGUUAUUGUUAUUAUUUAUUUUAAGAUGUGUAUACAAUUUUCAAUUAUAUGUAUCAUAAAAUACUGUUUUAUUCAUGAUUUUAUAUAAUGUGGGUUUUACUUUUUUCAAUUACUUAUAUCAUUAGUGGUCUAUUUCAGUAUAUUAUUUUAUCAGGAAAUUAAAAAGUAUACUUAAAUUGAUCUACACAAAUCAAAUUGAAAUAUCAUGGAAUAAUCAUCCUUAUAAUGCAUAGAUAUAAUCAAGAGAUAUCAAUAAAUAUAAGUACAGAUACAUUAUUAAUUGUAAUAUGUAAUAUGUAUAUUUUAUGGUUUUCUUUUAGAAUUUUAACACAAGUUUGUUUUCAUAAACUCUUCGCAUCCUUUACAUUCAAAUAUAAAAUAAUAAUCUCA